UUCUUUUUAUUUCUUUUUUAUUUGAUCUCUAGAGAUCAAUUUUGUGGAGCAGCCAAUGCGGACAUGUUUUUGAAAAUCAAAUAUGGAAGGAAACCCUGGACGUACAUUUCUUUGUACCAUAACGAGUUGUUGAGCGUGUUUAAUACCUUGCGAUCUACAGGGCAGAUGAUGUUAAAGUCAUCUGUUUCUGUGGCCCAUGGUUAACGAGGGUGUCGUGCGGCCAGCACAACAACCAAUCACCUUUACUUUUCCUCAUGCAAUGUCAGCUCAAGUAACAAUGAGCUGUUUUUUUUUUUUUAAUUCAACAGUCUAUUAGAAAUUUAGAGCUUCUCAUAAACCUCUUCUCAUGGAGUUACAAGAAUUAGAGCCUAAUGACAUCGUUAUACAUCUUAUUAAUCCAUACAAGUGUGGAGACUGUGGAUCAGAAUUCUGUGAGAGAUCUGUCUUUUUAGAACACCUGACUGAGCAUUUAGAGAAGCUGAAAUGUGAUUCUCCGUGCCAUCAAAUAGUCUGCUUUACAAAUCUGGUAGAACAUCAGCCAAAUGGCAUCACUAUCACCAGAGAUAUCUUACAGAUAAAUGAGCAACAGGUAUUCGAACUUCAAGAAUCUUCCCGGGACUACAGCAAUUUGACACCAUUGAAAACCUUAGAACGGGCUGGCAUUUUAAACUUACCCCCUCCACGACAAACUCACUCAUCGCCUGCUAUAGCUGAUCACAGGGAGAAAGCAGUUAUUCUUACAGUUGAAGAAAAUAGUACCCAAUUCAGAAGAAAGAAAAUAUCCUUGCUAGGAAAUCCUCAGCCCAUGUCCCAAGUAGAUGAAUCCAUACACUUGGAAGUUGAUGUAAAGUAUAAUAAUGCUCAAGUCUGUGUUGAGGGAGGGAGCAUUCCAACUAACUUGGUCAGUGUUCAACAAGUAUUUUUAGAUAGCAAGGUUAAGGAAGAGAUCAACAUUGUGAUGGAAGGAUCUUCUCAGAAUGAGACAACAUCAAUUUUAAUGGAAGGUGAAAGAGGAGAUUUUGUUGAACCUAAUUCAGUUUUCAGUGUGCAAUAUAGAAAGAAGUAUGUGUCAUGUCCCAUAUGUUUCAAUCUGUUUUCAACUAGUAGUGCUUUGGAAAGGCAUCAGGUAAUGCACUCUAAUGCAAAGCUGUACCCUUGCAUGAAGUGUUUCAAGCAGUUUAAUGAUGCCAGCUCCAUGAGGAAACAUAUGCUCAUUCAUAGGAGACAGCAUCGUUGUCCCAUAUGUCACAAAAUGUUCCUACAGAGGUCUCAGCUGUCCAUUCACAUGAAACAACACAGCAAGAGGAGGUUCAUUCAGUUUGGGAGUAGCUUCCAUGAGGUAAAGGUUGAAGUAACCCGAACUGAAACAGGCCAGCAGAUUCAAGAGUACAGUUUGCUCAUUCUCUUGUCUGAAGAAGAAUUGAAAAAAGUAAACAUGCAACCUUCUGGACCAUACAAUGAAAUUGCUGAAAAGUCCAUAGACUCUUAUAAUAUUGUCCACUCUGAAAGUACAGAAUCUCCUAUUGCUGAUAUUACAUCAACAAAGGCAGUUCUACAGUCAGAGAUUAUGGAAGAAAAUACAACACAGCUCCAAAACAAUGGAGAACAAAAGAAAAAAAUAAUAUACAAGUGCGGUCAUUGCAAAAGAUUGAUAUUCACCCGCCCUACUCUCUCCAGACAUUUGAUUAAACACACAAACACAAGACCCUUUCAUUGUGACAUUUGCUCCAAGACCUUUAGGGACAAAGCAGAUCUGUUUCACCACAAAAAAACUCACACCAAACCAGUCCAGUGUAACACUUGCAAUACAUCUUUCUCAAAGGUUUUGUACCUACAGAACCAUCUACUUAAGGGCUGUCCUGUCUAUGAUAUGGAUGACAGAUUCACAUUGUUGGACAACUUCAAGUGUCAAUGCAAUGUUUGUAAGAAGGUCCUCAAGAAUAAGGCCAACAUACUCAGGCACCUUAGGGUUCAUGCUUUUCAAGAUUCACAGAAAAGAACAAAAAGGGAGAGUACCCCCAUGGGGGAAAAAAAGGAUGGCACAGUCUCAGCAAAUAUAGAGGACCAUUACAGGGGGCUUGAAAACUCUGUUGGAUUUGAGUGUCUCUUAUGUGGUCAAGAGUUUAGGUUUAAGAGUUUUAUGAUAACUCAUGUGAGGAUGCACCUCAACCAGCGACCAUUUAAGUGUGACCAGUGCUCCAAACGGUUCUUUGCUCCUCACAUGUUGAAGAAGCACAUGCAAAACCACACAAGGCCUUAUAAAUGCCCAGUUUGUGACAAAGGUUUCAUUAGGCGUUACCUUAUGAAGGAUCACUAUGUGAAGAGGCAUGAGAGAGAAAGUCAGGAAGAUUCCAUGAAAGACAUCACAGAACUUUUCAAUGAGAAGAAGUUACAGUGUGACAUUUGUGGGAAGACCAUGAAAUCCUACCAGAAAAGCUUAAUGCAGCACCACAUUCGCCAGCAUAAGGAUGUGAGACCCUUUGUUUGUGAACUAUGCCAGAAAGCUUUCACCAGUGACACUGCUCUAAAGAAACAUUCAUUAAACCACACUAGGCCUUAUGCUUGCCAGGUGUGUGGAAAGAGUUUUUCAAGAAGAUAUCUACUGAUAGAUCACUUUAAGAAAAAAUGUAAUGUUAAAUUAAUGGGUAUGGUAAAAUCAUCCAACUCUGAUGCACAAGUAGCUAACAACAAUACUAUCAACAAAGAAGUAAAUGUGACUGUUAAUGCCCCUCCAUCAGAAGAGAAUGCUCCAUUCAAGGCAUCAAUGACUACACUGGUUUGCCCUGUCACAGGCUCCUCCACUUACUUUUGCCAACCUUGCAAUAAAAAGUUUCAUCUUUAUGAUGCCUUGCUACGGCAUGUGAACACUUUUGCAAAGCCUACCCCUUGCAAGUACUGUGCCACUCUAUUUGAAGACAAACACCUGGCAGUGGUUCACCAGCGAUCCUGCCUUGGUGUCCCAAUAGAUCCUGCCCAGAAGUCUUGUAACAAAUCAGGCAACCAGAAAGUCCUUGGUGAGCAACAAGCAAAAGUUAAAAAGAUGAUGAAGGACUUGUCUGAAAAGAUUUGUGAACAAAUAACGGCAUCUCCAGCACAAGAAGAGCAUGCAUUAGUUUCAACACCAGCUAACUAUCAAGUUUCAGAAAACACAGUACCAGAAUCCCUUCCUGUCAAGACUCCUCAGAAUGAAGUUCAGUUAUCACUAGCAGCGAAAGUUCUUCAUGCUCUGAGAGAAGAAGAUGGCAAGUAUAACUGCCCAGAGUGUAAAAAAAGUUUUACAAGCAUUCGUGGCAUGAAGAUCCAUGCUAGCUGCCAUGUCAGGCUGUUCAAAUGUCAGCUAUGUGAUCAAGACUUUACUAACAUCAUGCACAUGAGAGCCCAUGCUCAGACACACAAAGAUGUGUCAGUGGAAGAACCAGUAGAGAACACGUCUGACAAUUAUGAGGACACUAUUUUUGUAGCGGAAGGUCUAAUGCCAAACAGUGACAAUAAGAAUCAGGUCACUGUAACACCCAAACAUCUUACUGCUUUGAGAAAGAAAAAAAAAGUUGAGACAGAUAGUGAUGAUGACAUUAUAUCACAGUCAAAGUUGUCAACCAAAGAUAUCUUAGAAGUGAAUCAGCGACUGAUGUGUUCUGGGACAAGAGGUCGACCCUACAGUUGUAAUCUUUGCAGGAGACGCUUCACAGAGUCAAUUGGUCUAGAAAGUCACAUGCUUCAAAUACAUGGUGUUAAAUCUUGAUAUUGGUAACUUGAAGAUUCUAAGUCAAUUGUACAUAAAUAUUUAUAUAUCAAACAUGUAUAUAUAUAUAUAUAUAUAUAUAUAUAUAUAUAUAUAUAUGUGUGUAUGUAUAUAUAUAUAUAUAUAUAUAAUAAUAAUAAUAAUAAUAAGAAUGUCUUCAAGUCUGAAGAAUAAUGAGGAAUUACUUUGUAUAUCUAGAUAUGUAAGAAUUUCAGGUACUGACAUUAAACCUAUAAUGAGAUUAUUUUUCAAUUGAAAACACUAAUACUGGUAGCUAAGAUGGUGUACAUUUUUUUCUCAAUAUUAUUUUUAGAUGUUUGCUCUUUAUAGACCUAGAUGUUAUCGCUUGAGUGAAUUUGCAUAUUUGUAAUAUUUGAUGUAUAAAAAGACAUUGUACUCGAGUCCAAGUUGAAGGAAGAGUGCAGCAAUCUAAAAUGCAUCCAUUGAAUGAUUUGCAUGAUGAAGUAUUACUUAUGUGAAGGAAAACAAAAAAUACUUUGUAAGAUAUUAGUUUAGGUUUGCUCUAUGAAUGUGUGGAAUAAAUCAAUGCUACUGCCA